AUUUGAAUUUGGUUCUUUAUCCAACAGUUGAGAUGUUGUUAAACACAUCAUCAUUGAAGGUUGUUGUCUACAAUGGGCAGCUGGACCUGAUAGUCAGUACCCCAGGUGCUCAGAAGUGGGUUGAAAAUAUGCACUGGGAAGGCACCAAGUAUUGGGUAAAUGCUGUCAGAAAGCCCAUUGAAGACUCCACAGGUGCCACAGCUGCAUUUUCAAAAUCAUUCAAAAACUUUACUUUCUACUGGAUUCUAAAUGCAGGACAUAUGGUUCCUGCUGAUGCUAGUGACAUGGCCGUGAGGAUGAUGAAGGAGAUUGUUGGUGUGAAAAUUCGUUAGAUUAAUUAAUUGAUUACGCUCAGUGGUCAAGACAAGUUUGAAAAUUUUGGUCAGCACAUUUGUAGUUUCUGUAAAGUAUAUUAUAAAUGACAGAAAUAUGAUGGAAAAUCUUCCACUACUAAAUAAAUUUUCCCCUGAUGGUUUUAGUUGUACAAAAUAAUUCUCUCUAUUUGUCCUUGCUGAAAUGGGGGGGUACUGUUUUUUAUAUUGUAUGCCGUAAAAUAUGGUAACUGAUUGAUUUAAGGUUAAACACAGAAAAUAAUAUAAAAAAUAAAAAUUACAAUUAAUUUCUGAUCCUGUACUUUACUAAAUGCACUUACAGAACAUCCCACACCACCACCACAACACAUCCUUAUGCUACUCUUGUCAGAACAAACCACCAUUGCCUUAAAAUGAAUAAAAAUAAAAAUUUUCUAAAGUAAAAUAUAGUUUGCACUGAAAUUCUACAUUAACUAGACAUACCAUAAUCUCACAGGUUUCCAUAUCAUAAACUCAUGAAAACAGAAGUGUCCAAUAACUAAUGCUUUCUACAAUCCUGGCUUAAUAUUGCUAGGCUUACCUUGUAGACACAACCUAACAUACAAAAUGAAUUCUCUGUUAACCCACCUGAGUCAGGUUGUUACCCUGAUUUGACCAGUCACUUUUGCGACACUCUUGGAGAACUGUGCUAUACUUCUUACUCCCUCUCAACUCUACACACCUGCCCUCCACCCACACCCUCACCAAUCAAGGUCAAGCAAACAGGGAGUUCUGGUUGGCUUUAUUCUCAAGGUUACAAGUGAUCCUUUCUCAAUGCUGGUCAAGCUACAACUCCUGACUGGCCAGCAACUGGUGCCAACCCAACUUGGCUGACAGUGCAGACAGCAGGUCCGAACAACCAAAUAACAUAAAAGUGAACAUACCGUACAUUUCAGAAUAUAAUAACACAAUACAAAACAAUAAGAACAGAACAAUACAAUACAGUACAUAAUACUCUCACAACUCCUAGAUCUAGAACUGCCCAUACCCCUACCUAACACCCCCACCUACUCAUACCCCCUACCUACACACCUCCACCCACUCGUACCCCUACCUAUACACACACCCACCCACUCAUACCCCUACCUACACACCUCCACCCACAUAAAACCUGACUUCCCACAUCCUGCAACUCAUUUACACCUUACAUGUCCCACCCAAAUGUGGACUCUUCCAGACCUCUGCCCAUAUACUGUACACACCUAGAGUGGAUAUAUAUAUAUGCUGUUUAUAUCUUUUUGUUUAUUUACAAUGGGGCACCCAGUCUUUUCACCUAUCAUUAAUUAGGAGAUUAAGCAGUGCCAGCAUAAUAUUGACCCAAAUUGUCAUACAGAUAGAAGUUUAAGAGUUACCAGUGUCACAGAUUUCCCAGUCUCAGAACACAACCCUGUUUUUUUUCCAAAUGAUUAAAGGCCAUGAAUAAUGUGGUUGCAUAAGCAUAAUACAGUUAAGUGUUGCAAUACCGCUUGCAAGCCUUCAAUCAUGCAAGGUACGGUAUAGAAAUACUGUAAUAUUUAUGUAAUAAAUUGGGUUACAUCACAUGACCCUGUAUAGUAGCAAGUCACUCCCAGUCAGGAGUGCAUGAGUCAGUAUACUGUAAACUGUAGUAGAUGGAGAGGUGGUAUGGCUGCUAAGAGGUGGAGGAGUAUGUUUACCAGUUAGGGGGUGAAAAAAGUGUGAGAUGAGGUAAAAAGUUGAUAACAUGAUUUACACCUGUUGGUAGUGUGAGGCAAAGCCAAGCAUAUUGUGGGGGUUAAGCUACUAAGUAAAAUCUGGACAGGUUGCCAGGUAGUAGUGGUAGAGGAGCUAUUUGGAGGGGAGGUAAGCGACAUGAUCACUUGCAGGGUGCAGCACUGACGAUCUCCUUUAGACAUGAGGUCACAUCAGAGGAGCCUUCACUUUAUAGCACAAUUGCAUUCCAUGUGAUGUCAUUUCUGAGCAACUUUGAAUCAUUUACCAUAAAUUAUUGCACGAAUAUAUGAUAGUUCUGUAUUUAUGAUGUCUGAACACUGUGCAACAAAUUUUAGGGAAAGUUGUGUUUAUCUGAUUGUUUAACUUUUUUAUAUGUUUUCGAGUACGUUGAUUCCAAAUAUGACUAGUUUUUUUACAGCAUCAAUAGUUUUAUCAGAAAUUAGCAAUUAAUUUUUUAUCAUCUCUGAAAUUUAACCAGAAAUCAGAAGGUGAAAUGUUGAUAUACAUCACAUUUGCUAAUGAAAUAAAUGAAACAAGAGCACAAUUUUAUGUUAUAUUGAAAGCAUAAACAACACACUGCUUUUCUACACUUGUCACUAAUGAAAUUGAACAAUAAACUAUGCUAAAAAUGAA